GAUCUUCGGCAUAUCUCGGGAUCGGGCAAGAUCGGGACACGUGCAUUUUUUCUGUUCAAAAUAUGAAUGUUACAGACCGGAAAUGCUGAUGAUUCAUCUUAUAUGUAUUUCAUCAUUCGUAAAAUUGAAUUAUAAUUUUGCAAGUGCGAUAGAAAAGAAUUCCGUGAGUUGCUGCUCAAGAUAAUCGUUUCAUCGAGUUUUGCUAACGGUGACAAGUUGUGUAUUUGAGUGUUAUCGUUACCAAAGACCAAGACUAAGAAAAACACUGCUUUUCUGUGUAUCGAUACCUAGCAAGGUAAUAUUCAUCGCAUCAACUGCAGUCAAAUACCUAAUAAAAUUCUAAAGAAAACAGACCAUCAAACAAAAUCACUGCUCCAAGAGAUAAUUGAAUUUCGAUGGCGCAAUCCAGUGAAAGCAGUGAUAGCGAAUCACCAGCACCAGUUCAACAGCUUAGUAUUCAAUGGCUGGACUUGAAGAGAGUCGCUAAUCGCCUCAAAAAAAUUAAAAAUGAGAAUGACAGUGAGUCACCUAUUGAAUCUGAUUUAUUGAACGCGAUACGGAAAAUAAUUAAGAUCCACAAUGAUCAGAACCCAGAUAUUGAGAGAUCACGCUAUAUCGAAGAUAAGGGCAAAGGCAUUACAGAAAUUUCGAAUGACCCAAACACCUAUUCUUCAAUUGCUUACAGCUGUAGAAGAUCGUGUGUACCAACCAUCGCAAAACAGUUGCAAGAAGACCCAAAAGACUCGAGCAGUUCCCAUCAUGUCAUUUUUUAUUACAAAUAUUCACCUCGGCCUCAUAUCAUUGUUACGUCUUCGGGAAACGCGUGGAAAUUGGUGCGACCCUACGUCGACUAUUCAUUCCCGAUUAAGGUAUCGGAAAAAGUAGUAAAUCAUAAAAAGAUGAUUCAAAUAAUGAGAAGACCGAUAUUCCAACUUAAUAAACAGGAAUACUUGUCCGAUCCAGGUCCGUACUAUUUAUAUCCGGCUUCAAACUUGUAUUAUAUAAUGGAAAAUUUCAAAUGCGAGAUUAAAAAUCACUCGGAUUUGUAUAGUUUGAUUAAAAAAGAAGAUAAAAAGAGGAAGAAAAGCGAUAGAUGCUGGAUAAAAGUAACUACCGGAGGAAUUUUAAGAAUCGGUGAAAAACUCCGUAUCUCAGAUUAUCCCGCUAUUUUUGACUUAUUUGCCCAAUAUAUGGCAAACGCUGAGACAAAAAAAGCAGACGAAGAAGAAGAAUCGACUGAACUCUUCAAGUUCUUAUUUUUUGUCCAACCUGCUCGGAUACCGAAGCAUGUUUUAGAUGAAUCUCUUCUGAAGUGUAUUUAUUCGCAUUACAUCGAGAAGGAAGGAAAAGGAAUACCACCUAAUGUCCAUGUACGACAUAAAUGUCUGGAAGACUUUCUUUCAUGUAAUACUUUUCGCUUACAAUACUAUAAAUCUGUAGACAUCGAAUCAAAACCUCCAAAAUUAGAAGAAAUUGUGCACAAAAUUCACGCCAAAUGGAACAAUAAAAUUGCAGGUGAUGAAUACAAAUCAUUUGCGAGAAGAAUGCGGCGUGCACACCUUGUAUUUGAAAAUCAGGCUUCGGAAGAAGUUACGGCUGAUAUCAUGAGUUAUAUCGAAGGAGAGCAUCAAUAUGGAGAAAAUACAUAUUUCAGGAUUAAAAAUGUCUGGUAUGAACUUAGACAAGACUACAUAUCCUUAGUGCACGAAGACUUUAAGAAUUUAGUCAAAAACACUUUGAUUGAAAAAGACACCGAGUGGUGGUUGAAGUUACCCUAUUUAGAAAAACCUCCGAGCAAAACAGGAAAAAAUAAAUCAAAUGAAAAGAAGCCUACAGACAAAAACACGGAAUCAAAUAAAAAGAAGCAAACUGGGAAUAAUGACGAAGUCGAUGCAAAGAAGGCUACAGAAAACAACAAGAAAUCCAAGAAAAAGAAGCAAACUGGGGGAAAUGACGAAGCAAAGGAAAAUGAGGAAAAGAAAAGAGAAAAAAGAGAGGAAAUUUUCAAUCGUUCGUAUCUAUAUACUGACGAUAAGAGAUUUUUAGUCUUUGAUCAAAUUUAUCCCAGUUUAAAUAAAAUUGAGAUGUGUGACAUUCUUAAAUACACUGACGAUGCAGUCUAUCUGUACCAUGUUAAGGAAGAUUUCGGUCAGCACACUCGUGACGCCUGUUCACAGAUAUUGAAUGCAGCAACGAUGAUCAAAAAUUCUCUUCUCACUUUCCAAUCUCCAACUUAUUUAGAAGAGAUGUGGUCUGCGGCGACAAAAGAACAUGAAGAAGCCGACCACUGGAGGAAUACAGUCAAGCGCCGAUUAGAAUCUCUAGGAGAAAAAUCGUUUUAUGACAUUUUUACGCGAAAGAUUGUAUUUGUAUACGCUUAUGUUCCCGAUGAAAACAAAUCUUUCUCUAUAGCACUUGCAAAUAUAAACAGAAAAAUAGAUGAUAAAAUGAUCGAGAAGUUGAAAAAAUCCAACUAUUUAGAUAAACAUGAACGUUUGACAUCGAAAUUUUUCUAUACGAACCAAAAGAAGUUCAGAAUUUACGGUGAAACUGUGAAAACAAGCAUAGAAAUUUAUAAUCUAUUGGAGGCCCGUCAAUUUUAUAACAAAAGCACUCUGGCGAAAAUUGAGCUUGUGCAACUCGCACAAAAUUUACAAAAGUUGAAUUAUGAAUUGAAAAUUUGUGAAAUCGAGAGCAAAGGAUAUGGUCUCAAAACCAUGAGUUUAGAUUCAGAAUCAGAUUCCGAAAGCGAAAACGAGGAUUCCGGUUCAGAAGAACGCAAACAAAAUAGUUCACACUCAGAAUACGAAGCUGAAGAUCCGGAUUCUGAACCUGAAACGUCAGAUACCGAUUUAUAUUCUGAACCAGAAUGUCCUCAUGGAUGUGGAGAGGAACAGUAACUGGUAAGCUUCGACAAAGAUGCUCCUGCAGACGUCGGUUUAAUCAACUUCAUUUUUAUCAAGUUUUGAGCUUUGCCGUGAUUUGAUUGUCAAAUCCAUCACUGAAGUCAGCUCAUAAUUUUAGUUUAACGACUUUACGUAGUUUUUUACCAUUAUUGAUUCUCUGUUCAUGUGAGUUGAAAUUUUAUGUUAUUCGUAUUUUCUUAAUUGUACCUCACUUUGGUUACCAAAACCAAGUCAUCGUGAUAAUCAAAUUUUGACUAUUGUAACGAUACAUUUAAUUGUACAUUCUACGUUGAAAUUCUUCUAUUAAGUAAUCUAAUUAUCGUUUCGCAGUUGUAUUCAUAAUUUCAUCAAUAAUAAUCAAAAACUAAAAAACUCUUCUUACA